AGGAGGUGGACGAGAUGCGAGCGCGGCCGCGGCCCCGGCCGCUCUGGGCGACUGUGCUGGCGCUGGGGGCGCUGGCGGGCGUUGGCGUAGGAGGGCCCAACAUCUGUACCACGCGAGGUGUGAGCUCCUGCCAGCAGUGCCUGGCUGUGAGCCCCAUGUGUGCCUGGUGCUCUGAUGAGGCCCUGCCUCUGGGCUCACCUCGCUGUGACCUGAAGGAGAAUCUGCUGAAGGAUAACUGUGCCCCAGAAUCCAUCGAGUUCCCAGUGAGUGAGGCCCGAGUACUAGAGGACAGGCCCCUCAGCGACAAGGGCUCUGGAGACAGCUCCCAGGUCACUCAAGUCAGUCCCCAGAGGAUUGCACUCCGGCUCCGACCAGAUGAUUCGAAGAAUUUCUCCAUCCAAGUGCGGCAGGUGGAGGAUUACCCUGUGGACAUCUACUACUUGAUGGACCUGUCUUACUCCAUGAAGGACGAUCUGUGGAGCAUCCAGAACCUGGGUACCAAGCUGGCCACCCAGAUGCGAAAGCUCACCAGUAACCUGCGGAUUGGCUUCGGGGCGUUUGUGGACAAGCCUGUGUCACCAUACAUGUAUAUCUCCCCACCGGAGGCCCUCGAAAACCCCUGCUAUGAUAUGAAGACCACCUGCUUGCCCAUGUUUGGCUACAAACACGUGCUGACGCUAACUGACCAGGUGACCCGCUUCAAUGAGGAAGUGAAGAAGCAGAGUGUGUCACGGAACCGAGAUGCCCCAGAGGGUGGCUUUGAUGCCAUCAUGCAGGCUACAGUCUGUGAUGAAAAGAUUGGCUGGAGGAAUGAUGCAUCCCACUUGCUGGUGUUUACCACUGAUGCCAAGACUCACAUAGCACUGGACGGAAGGCUGGCAGGCAUUGUCCAGCCCAAUGAUGGGCAGUGUCAUGUUGGUAGUGACAAUCACUACUCUGCCUCCACUACCAUGGAUUAUCCCUCUUUGGGGCUGAUGACUGAGAAGCUAUCCCAGAAAAACAUCAAUUUGAUCUUUGCAGUGACGGAAAAUGUAGUCAGUCUCUAUCAGAACUAUAGUGAGCUCAUCCCAGGGACCACAGUCGGGGUUCUGUCCAUGGAUUCCAGCAAUGUCCUCCAGCUCAUUGUUGAUGCUUAUGGGAAAAUCCGCUCUAAAGUCGAGCUGGAAGUGCGUGACCUCCCUGAAGAGUUGUCUCUAUCCUUCAACGCCACCUGCCUCAACAAUGAGGUCAUCCCUGGCCUCAAGUCUUGUAUGGGACUCAAGAUCGGAGACACGGUGAGCUUCAGCAUUGAGGCCAAGGUGCGAGGCUGUCCCCAGGAGAAGGAGAAGUCCUUUUCUAUCAAGCCCGUGGGCUUCAAGGACAGCCUGAUUGUCCAGGUCACCUUUGAUUGCGACUGUGCCUGCCAGGCCCAAGCUGAACCUAAUAGCCAUCGCUGCAACAAUGGCAAUGGGACCUUUGAGUGUGGGGUAUGCCGUUGUGGGCCUGGCUGGCUGGGAUCCCAGUGUGAGUGCUCAGAGGAGGACUAUCGCCCUUCCCAGCAGGAUGAGUGCAGCCCCCGGGAGGGUCAGCCCGUCUGCAGCCAGCGGGGCGAGUGCCUCUGUGGUCAAUGUGUCUGCCACAGCAGUGACUUUGGCAAGAUCACGGGCAAGUACUGUGAGUGUGAUGACUUCUCCUGUGUCCGCUACAAGGGGGAGAUGUGCUCAGGCCAUGGCCAGUGCAGCUGUGGGGACUGCCUGUGUGACUCCGACUGGACCGGCUACUACUGCAACUGUACCACGCGUACUGACACCUGCAUGUCUAGCAAUGGGCUGCUGUGCAGCGGCCGCGGCAAGUGUGAAUGUGGCAGCUGUGUCUGUAUCCAGCCGGGCUCCUAUGGGGACACCUGUGAGAAGUGCCCCACCUGCCCAGAUGCCUGCACCUUUAAGAAAGAAUGUGUGGAGUGUAAGAAGUUUGACCGGGGAGCCCUACAUGAUGAAAAUACCUGCAACCGUUACUGCCGUGACGAGAUCGAGUCAGUGAAAGAGCUUAAGGACACUGGCAAGGAUGCAGUGAAUUGUACCUAUAAGAAUGAGGAUGACUGUGUUGUCAGAUUCCAGUACUAUGAAGAUUCUAGUGGAAAGUCCAUCCUGUAUGUGGUAGAAGAGCCAGAGUGUCCCAAGGGCCCUGACAUCCUGGUGGUCCUGCUCUCAGUGAUGGGGGCCAUUCUGCUCAUCGGCCUUGCCGCUCUGCUCAUCUGGAAGCUCCUCAUCACCAUCCAUGACCGAAAAGAGUUUGCUAAAUUUGAGGAAGAACGCGCCAGAGCAAAAUGGGACACAGCCAACAACCCACUGUAUAAAGAGGCCACGUCUACCUUCACCAAUAUCACGUACCGGGGCACUUAAUGAUAAGCAGUCAUCCUCAGAUCAUUAUCAGCCUGUGCCACGAUUGCAGGAGUCUCUGCCAUCAUGUUUACAGAGGACAGUAUUUGUGGGGAGGGAUUUGGGGCUCAGAGUGGGGUGGGUUGGGAGAAUGUCAGUAUGUGGAAGUGUGGGUCUGUGUGUGUGUGUGUGUGGGUCUGUGUGUUUAUGUGUGCGUGUUGUGUGUGGGAGUGUGUAAUUUAAAAUUGUGAUGUGUCCUGAUAAGCUGAGCUCCUUAGCCUUUAUCCCAGAAUGCCUCCUGCAGGGAUUCUUCCUGCUUAGCUUGAGGGUGACUAUGGAGCUGAGCAGGUGUUCUUCAUUACCUCAGUGAGAAGCCAGCUUUCCUCAUCAGGCCAUUGUCCCUGAAGAGAAGGGCAGGGCUGAGGCCUCUCAUUCCAGAGGAAGGGACGCCAAGCCUUGGCUUUACCCUGAGUUCGUAAGUUUAUGGUUCUCGGGCCUGACUCUCAGCAGCUAUGGUGGGAACUGCUGGGCUUGGCAGCCUGGGUCAUCUGUACCUCUGCCUCCUUUCCCCUCCCUCAGGCCGAAGGAGGAGUCAAGGAGAGCUGAUCAGAGCUGCCUGUGCCUUUUGCCAUCCCCUCAACCCAGCUAUGGUUCUCUCGCAAGGGAAGUCCUCGCAAGCUAAUUCUUUGACCUGUUGGGAGUGAGGAUGUCUGGGCCACUCAGGGGUCAUUCAUGGCCUGGGGGAUGUACCAGCAUCUCCCAGUUCACAAUCACAACCCUUCAGAUUUGCCUUAUUGGCAGCUCUACUCUGGAGGUUUGUUUAGAAGAAGUGUGUCACCCUUAGGCCAGCACCAUCUCUUUACCUCCUAAUUCCACACCCUCACUGCUGUAGACAUUUGCUAUGAGCUGGGGAUGUCUCUCAUGACCAAAUGCUUUUCCUCAAAGGGAGAGAGUGCUAUUGUAGAGCCAGAGGUCUGGCCCUACGCUUCCGGCCUCCUGUCCCUCAUCCAUAGCACCUCCACAUACCCAGCCCUGUGCCUUGGUGUGCUGUAUCCAUCCAUGGGGCUGAUUGUAUUUACCUUCUACCUCUUGGCUGCCUUGUGAAGGAAUUAUUCCCGUGAGUUGGCUGGGAAUAAGUGCCAGGAUGGAAUGAUGGGUCAGUUGUAUCAGCAUGUGUGGCCUGUUCUUCUAUGGGUUGGACAACCUCAUUUUAACUCAGUCUUUAAUCUGAGAGGCCACAGUGCAAUUUUAUUUUAUUUUUCUCAUGAUGAGGUUUUCUUAACUUAAAAUAACAUGUAUAUAUACAUGCUUGCAUUAUAUUUGUAAAUUUAUGUGAUGGCAAAGAAGGAGAGCAUAGGAAACCACACAGACUUGGGCAGGGUACAGACACUCCCACUUGGCAUCAUUCACAGCAAGUCACUGGCCAGUGGCUGGAUCUGUGAGGGGCUCUCUCAUGAUGGAAGGCUAUGGGGAUAGAUGUAUGGACACAUUGGACCUUUCCUGAGGAAGAGGGACUGUUCUUUUGUCCCAGAAAAGCAGUGGCUCCAUUGGUGUUGACAUACAUCCAACAUUAAAAGCCACCCCCAAAUGCCCAAGAGAAAAAGAAAGACUUAUCAACAGUUGUUCCAUGAGCAGAAAACUGGAGUUCUGGCCUCAGUGUUACAGCUAAAUAAUCUUUAACUCUAAUUAAGGCAAGUCACUUUCUUCUUCUUAAGGCUGUUUUCUAGUUUGAGAAAUGAUGGAUUUUUAGCAGCCAGUCUUGAAGGUCUCUUUCAGUAUCAACAUUCUAAGAUGCUGGGACCUACUGUGGCAUCAAAUGUGCGGUUAAGAUUCUGUGGGAUAUUGAUACUGUUUGUGUUUUUAGUUGGGAGAUCAGAGAGACCUGGCUUUGGCAAGAGCAGAUGUCAUUCCCUAUCAUCUUUCUCAAUGAAAGUCUCAUUCUAUCCUCUCUCCAAACCCCUUUUCCAACAUUUGUUAAUAGUUACAUCUCUCCCGAUGUAGCACUUAAGCUUCAUUUAGUUAUUAUUUCUUUAUUCACUUUGCACACAUUUGCAUCCACAUAUUAGGGAAGAGGAAUCCAUAAGGAGCUGAAAUAUCUAUUCUGUAUUAUUGUGUUAACAUUGAGAAUAAGCCUUGGAAUUAGAUAUGAGGCAAUGACUGAGCCCUGUCUCACCCAUGGAUUACUCCUUACUGUAGGGAAUGGGAAUAUGGUAGAGGGAUAAAUAGGGGACGGGGAGGGAUAGUCAUGGAUCCAAGAAGUCUUUAGAAAUAGUGGCAGGGAACAGGUGUGGUGGCUCACGCCUGUAAUUAUAAUCUUCAGUUACUAAGACACAGUCCAUGAGAGUGUUAACAGGACAUUUUCUUUAGAUAAGAUGUUUUAUAUGAAGAAACUGUAUCAAAGGGGGAAGAAAAUGUAUUUAACGGGUGAAUCAAAUCAGGAAUCUUGUCUGAGCUACUGGAAUAAAGUUCACAGGUCUUGAAGACCAAUACUAUUUGUCAAUAUGUGGGGAUAACCUGUAGCUGCAUUCAUGAGGUAGCAAAUAGCAGUUUUGGCCUGUGGGGUGAACAGCUAAACAGUGUUCUGGCAUCAGAUAACACGGCACAAAGGGAUUGUGUCUUGCUCUUUUGGAGAAAACUUAUGUCCAGUCUCAGGAUCUGUGGACAAUAAUGGGAAACUUUGAAUAUUCCUCACAAGUUGCCAUAUUAGAAGUGGUUCUUUACUUCUCUGAUAAUCCCAGGUCAUUCAUUAUUUUUAUUCUUUAUUUUUAAUUUGAAAUGAAGCCUCA